AUGACGGACCGGCGGGUAUCGUACUUUUACAACGCCGACGUGGGCAACUUCCACUAUGGGGCCGGGCAUCCAAUGAAACCGCAGCGCCUGGCGGUCACCCACAGUCUGGUGAUGAACUAUGGGCUCCACAAGAAGAUGAAGAUCUACAGGCCGUACAAAGCCAGUGCCCAGGACAUGCUCCGGUUUCACAGCGACGAGUACAUCGCCUACCUUCAGCAGGUGACUCCACAAAACAUCCAGUGCAAUUCCGUGGCCUAUACGAAAUACCUGGCGCAUUUCAGUGUAGGCGAAGACUGCCCCGUGUUUGACGGACUCUUCGACUUCUGUGCGAUGUACACGGGUGCCUCGCUGGAGGGAGCCCAGAAGCUCAACCACAACCACAGCGACAUCUGCAUCAACUGGUCGGGGGGACUGCAUCACGCGAAGAAAUUUGAGGCGAGUGGCUUCUGCUACGUGAACGAUAUCGUGAUCGGCAUCCUGGAGCUGCUGAAGUACCACCCUCGGGUGCUCUACAUUGACAUCGACGUGCACCACGGCGACGGAGUGCAGGAGGCCUUCUACCUCACGGAUCGAGUAAUGACGGCCUCGUUCCACAAGUACGGCAACUACUUCUUUCCAGGCACUGGAGACAUGUACGAAAUCGGCGCAGAGUCGGGUCGAUACUAUAGUGUGAAUGUGCCGCUUAAGGAAGGCAUCGAUGACCAGAGCUACUUCCAGGUGUUCAAGCCCAUCAUCUCGGCCAUUAUGGACUUCUACAGGCCAACCGCUAUUGUCCUGCAGUGUGGAGCGGACUCCCUGGCCGGGGACCGACUUGGUUGCUUCUCCCUGAGCACAAAGGGGCAUGGCGAGUGUGUGAAGUUCGUGAAGGAGCUGAACGUACCCACACUGGUCGUGGGAGGCGGUGGCUACACCUUGCGCAACGUUGCUCGCUGCUGGACACAUGAAACCUCGCUGCUGGUGGACCAGGAAAUUGAUAACGAUCUCCCUGCUACCGAGUACUAUGAUUUUUUUGCCCCCGACUUCACCCUUCAUCCUGAGAUUAACUCACGCCAGGACAAUGCCAACUCCAAGCAGUAUCUUGAACUAAUCGUGAAGCACGUUUAUGAAAACCUUAAGAUGUGCCAGCACUCGCCAAGCGUCCAAAUGGUGCAGACUCCGCCGGAUGUGGAUUUGGAGGAGCUUCGCAACAUCCGAGACGAGGCGGCUGACCCCGACGUGCGGAUGACCGCGGCCGACGAAGACAAGAUGGUUGACGCCAAGAACGAGUUCUACGACGGCGAUCAGGACCAAGACAAGCCCGAUUCGGCGGAGAGUUAGUAACAUAUUAGUUAAAGUAGUGUAAGGAUCUGUGUUAAGUGUAAGCAGUUGUAAGGGCAGCUAGGGAUCACUCAGUGGGAGGAAUUACUUAAAUAAUUACGAUACCUUAAACAGAA